AUGGCUGACGAGAACGGACAACAAAAGGAAGACUGUUGGAGUGUCUUCAAAGGCUAUUACGGCUCUUCUGAAGACUCGGAUAUAACACUUUACCUGGGUCGCAAGAAGGUCCCUUUUCCCGCUCAUCGUCUGAUCCUUAAGGCUCGCAGCCCCUACUUCCGUGAAGUCGAGAAGGAUCAAGGUGGAAAAUACGACAUCUACAUGGAACGUGAACCUCGCAUCGGCGGUUUGAAGUUGAUGCUGCAGUAUAUCUAUACUGGAGACUACAGCUUCGAUGUAAGAACAGCGAAUGUCCAGGAAGAAUUUGAACCUGAUGUCGAUUCGCUGAACAUCCACGCGAUUGUCUGUUCAACCGCCAUCGAUUACGAUGUCAAGGGCCUCGAAGAUCUCUGUGUGAAAAAGUUCAAGAAGAGUAUCGUUACCAACUGGAACGUUCAAUCCUUUUGUCGCUGUGCAGAGAUGGUUUUCCACUACGCUUGUUUCUUCAACUGUAUGGCGCUACGUCCUGUGAUUGUUGAUACGGCCAUCAGCCACGCGGAAGAACUUCGUGAGCGCCCCGAGUUCAUCCAUGUCAUAGAUAGGAGUCAUGAUUUCGCAGAGGAUUUGGCGAAGAGAUUUCUGUGGGAACAUUCUGUGGGAAUAUUGUGA